CAACUUAAACCUCCUUUUUUUCUUUUUCAAUGUGUCACACUGAAGCUAACUUGGUGAAUUCGACGGAAGAACUAAGGGCCAAAAUAACCACAAGCUGCCUUGAGCUUUCUUCAUAAGCUGUGAGCUUAUUCCAUCGUCAUACCUUUCCCCUCCAUCGCGUGGCAAAACUACGAGCCCCCUUCCAAAAUGGACCACCCACCAGAAAUCGUUGCACUUCUUGAGAAAUAUCCCUCAUUGAGGGGGCCGAUCGAGACUGGCGUCGAGUCUCACGAUGGCCGCGAAGAGCGACUGCUCUCCUUCAUCCUCUCUCACCCCCAUUUACAUGACAUGAGGGGCAAUCCCUCCAAGCUUCUCUCCGUCAUUGACGAAUACUCGGCCAAGCAUGACUUUCUCAUCAGCAUCGGCGGCCACAAGGCCAAGAUCAUGUCCGACCUGGUCACCAAAGAAAAUCCCCAGACUCUCGUCGAACUGGGCGGCUACCUGGGAUACUCGGCCAUUCUCUUUGCAGACACCAUGCGCCGCAACAGCAAGCCAGAUCAACAGCUCCGCGUGCUGAGUCUCGAGAUGAGCAGCGAAUUUUCAGCCAUUGCUAGAGAGCUGAUUAUGCUUGCGGGGCUGUCCGACAUCGUCAAGGUCGUCACUGGCCCUGCGGAAGAGUCUCUGCGGAAGCUGCAUGAAAAGGGCGAUUUGAACAAGAUUGACUUUUUAUUCUUGGACCACGUCGAGGAUUUGUACGUUUCUGAUUUCAAGGUCUGCGAGGAACUGGGGCUCUUGCAACAGGGCGCGGUGAUUGCGGCCGACAAUGUGGUGAAGCCAGGCGCCCCUGAGUAUCGCAAGUAUGUCAGAGACCACCCGAGGCUGGAGAGCACCGCAGUGGUGGGAUUGAUUCAACCUGGAGAUCUCAAGGAUGAAAUCGAAAUCACCCACGUUAAGAGCUCGGCCUAGACACUUGGUGAUAAGGCUUGGCUUGAGGGAUACAGAUGACAGGCUAUAUUUACUACAUCUACUGAUCUUGGAUUUAACAUCUACCCAUCGACUUCUACUGCUGCCAUGCAAGAGAUGUGGCGAGGUUUCUCUCUUCAUGCAUCUCACUUGGCACGGGGCACACAUUCUCUCAAGAUUUCUUCCUC